AUGCACGAAGAGUCGUUUCCUGAAGUCCAGGGUGGUGGCUCGUUGAUUCUCGCAUGGCAGAUCAGAAAUAAGAGGGUUUUAGUGGUUGCAGCAGGUAGGAUACUCCACGUUCUCAAUGCCGAUGCGAAAGUCACUGUUGUUUCUCCUCGAGAGGGCCUGAAUCCGGAAGUCGCAUAUCGGAUCGAAAAGGGGCAAGUCGAUUAUAUAGACCGCAAGUUUGAGCCUUCAGAUCUCGAUAAUGUCGACAUGGUCCUGACAGCAGUGGACGAUCCCGAUGCAUCAACGCAGAUAUGGAAGCUGUGCAAGGAGAGAAAAGUGCCUGCGAACAUCGCAGAUGUGCCUCCGGAAUGCGACUUCUACUUUGGCAGCGUACACCGAGAUGGACCAUUACAAAUUAUGGUUAGCACAAAUGGAAAGGGACCACGGAUGGCGAAUAUUAUCAGACGAUCAAUAGUAGAGAAUCUACCUCCCAACGCCGGAGAAGCAAUAUCAAAAGUCGGAAGGCUAAGAGAAAUGCUGAGGAAGGUUGCACCUGCACCAGAGGAGGGCCCAAAGAGGAUGGCAUGGAUGGUUAAGGUGAGCGACGCCUAUAGCCUCGAAGAUUUUUGUGAAAUGGAUGAAGAGGAUAUGAAGAUGCUUCUGACAUUCUACGCUCCGGACGAAGUUCCACAAUUAAGUUCUCUGAAAAAGCAACGAGACAAGAGCUGA